AUGAAAUUUCUCAGGCUUUCCAUCGUUUCAUCUCUUGCUUUCCCCGUGGCAACGCUCGCUGUCAAUGUAUAUGACUAUAUCGUCGUUGGCUCAGGGCCAGGUGGAGCUCCUGUAGCUGUAAAUCUUGCCAAGGCGGGUGCUUCUGUGCUACUUCUCGAAGCAGGUGAUGAUCAAGGAGCUACAAAUCUCCAUGUGAAGAUUCCUACUGCUGCGUGGGCGAGCAUGGCCAAUAAUGAUCCAUUACUCAGAUGGGACUUCUUCGUCAAGUAUCAUUCCGAUCCGGCCGUCCAAGCAAGAUAUCAUGGCUUGACCUGGAAAACAACAGACGGUAAAUACUAUGUCGGCACAUCUCCGCCUGCUAAUGCUAAGGAAUUGGGUGUAUUUUAUCCAAGAGCUGGCACACUGGAUGGUUGUUCUAUGCACAACGCUGCUUGCUCAGCUCUGCCAAGUGAUAGCGACUGGAUACUCAUCGCGAAUAUUACUGGCGGCAGUUCGUGGAGUCCUCAAAACAUGCGACAGCAUUUCAUCAAAAUGGAGAACAACCACUAUACCGCGACCGCCAAGGACCCGCAGGCACAUGGCUACGCGGGUGAUCUCGACAUCUGCAUCAAUAGCGACGAAUUCCUGAGGAAUCAGAGUCAGGCUGCAGACGUGUUGAGGUCUGCUGAGAAACUCAUGGGACAAGACCCAACGAAGGUCUAUGAUCUCGUGCAACAAGAUCUCAACAACGAUAGCCCAGAUCGCGAUCAACAGACUGGUCUCUAUGGUUUUCCAGCACACAGGAACACAAUGGGACGCAGAUCUAGUGCUAGGAACUUUGUCAGCGAUGUCUUGAACGCUACUAAUGCCGAUGGCUCGAAGAAAUAUAAUUUCACACUCAGCCUGACCUCGUUCGCUACAAAGAUCCUCUUCAACACCACAGGAAAACUUGCCACCAAACCACGAGCGAUUGGCGUUGAAUACCUAUUUGGUCAGAGCAUGUACGCUGCAGAUCCUCGCUACAAUGCUAGCAACCCAGGGACCAAGAUACAAGCAUUCGCGAGAAACGAAGUCAUCAUUAGCGGUGGUACAUUUAAUACCCCUCAACUCCUCAAGCUCAGCGGCAUUGGACCUAAAGCUGAGCUGACCAAGUUCAAUAUUUCCGUCCUAGUUGAUUCUCCAGGUGUAGGCAAUCAAAUGCAAGACAACACAGAAUUCGGAUUCAUUGCACAAGCCGCAGUAAACUUCACCAGUCUUGCACCAACCUGCACCUACGGAGCACCUGGUGAUCCAUGUCUUGCAGCCUGGUACCAAGGCAAAGGCCCUUAUGCCACCGGCCCCCUCGAUGCUCUCAUGUUCAAGACAGCCAAUGCCGCCAUGAACGAACGAGAUAUAUUUUUCUUCGGCCUCCCAGGCGCAAAUCCGUUCAGAGGUUACUACCCAUCCGACACAAUCAACACGCCGUACGCCGAUACAGACAGCACUUUCGACUGGAGUAUGAUCAAGAUCCACCCCACUGGUCGAUUAGGCACCGUGAACUUGUUGUCCUCUGACCCUCGCCAAGUGCCUGAUAUCAACUUCCGUUUCUUCGAAGACGCAGAUGCAGACAAGGACAUUGCAGCUAUCUCCGAAGCCGUUCAGUUCGGUCGCAAGAUCUUUGAUAACCUGCCAAGUGCAAUGCUUCCAUACAAAGAAAUCUGGCCCUGCAAUGGAAACAGCACUUGUGACAUGAAAACUGUUAUCAAAGAACAGGCUUGGAGUCAUCAUGCUACUAGCAGUGCACAGAUUGGCGCUGACAAUGACACUAUGGCGGUGUUAGAUAGUAAGUUCAGGGUUAGAGGCGUGAAUGGGCUGAGAGUUGUGGAUGCUAGUGCUUUCCCGAGGACUCCCGGUGGAUUUCCGGUCAUUCCGACAUUCAUGCUUGGCAUGAAGGCUUCGGAGAGUAUUUUGAACUCGACCGUUGAGGCUUGGAUGUGA